AUCCUUGAAAGUGAUGUGAGAAUGAACUACAUAAUGGCAGAAUCACUGUGAUUUUAUACACUUUCUUUCAGGUAUCCUCUUGGAGUAUGGAAUUUGUAUGGAAACGAAGGUGGUAUCUUCAGCUGGGCUGUAUAUUGGUACUGAAUUUGGUUAGUGCCAAUCUAGACUACCAAAAAGAAAUUCCUGCAAGCCUGGGUCAGAUUGACCACCAGUGCUGGGAGGUGUCGUCCCAUGGGCUGGUGGAAAUGAAGAAACUCAAGGUAGGAGAUACAGUCAUUGAUCUCUGGGACUUCAUGAUGUUCCUAAAGGAAUCCUCUAAGCCCAAGCACAAUGAACUCUUCAACGAUUUAGCCCAGAACUUCUGGGAUAUGUAUGUAGACUGUGUGCUCUCAAGAUCCCAUGGAAUGGGCAGAAGACAACUAGUAUCUCCCAAAUAUUCUUCCACGUACUCACAUAGAACUUUAGAAGGGUCUGCUUUCACCAACCCAUUUUAGGCCAAAAGGGGAAAAAACGAAGAUACCUCAGCAAGGCAACAUCAAAAUGAAGGAGCACAAAAGCACAGCAUAUACUGUAGAUGCUUAGACAAAUUAAUUGGCAUGGUUCAACCUUUUCUUCUUUUUGUAUAAAGUACUUAAUCACUGCUAGACUGAUAUAAGUAUGUGAGCUCCCACAUUGUCACUUUUGCUUUUCUGUCUUGCAGUCUACCAACGUUGCCUUUUCCCCACUGCCUAUGUGAAUGCUUUUGUGUUUUGAGGCAACACCUUUGUUCUCUCAGUUGUAUUUUUGUAGAGGCUCAUCUUUUCCAAUAAUCCUCUUUUUUAGAAGUUAAUUUUGAUGGAAACUCAAUAUAUUUUUAUACAUUAAGCAAUGGAGAAAAUGUCAACAAACAUUUUAUACAGCGUCUUGCACAUACAAUCAACUUCACUUUUAAGAAUUGCAAAAAAGUGUGACAUCAAGCUAAAGGGAAGGAUUAUGCUCAUUGUAAUGUCCUGUGCAGUCUAAACUUUGUAUUUUAUCACUGCUUAGUCUAGGCUAUGUAUUAAUUAAAGUAUUUUUCUAUGCA